AUGAAUCGCCGAGCGUUGGCACGGAAGGCUGCAGGUGCCAAUGUGGUGCCCCCCCAGGGUAGCACUGGCGCAGGUAUGGAAAAUGUAACGAAAAAGCUGGAGCUACAGCUAGUGGAAGGCAAUUUUUACGGCGCAUUACAAAUGUAUAAGACGCUAUUUAUGCGUCUGCUCAAGGGAGACGAACCCAAUGAAGAUCAGCAAGAACGUGCGGUGGCGCUCGCUUUAGAAGCAGCGCUUAAGCUGAUUGAGCAUGACCAGACUACUGCAUCCAUUGAGAUGGCUAAUCUUAUGAUCUCCGUUUAUAUCGACUUUCACCACCCAGUGGACGACGCGCACAAGCAGCGUAUUCGACAAAUCGACGCGGCAUUUCAUUCUAAACCCCAAUUUUGUGCUGAUCUGACCACUUUUCUCAAAAACGCUGUCAAAUGGUCAGCAAGUGAAGGUACACGCCAGCGUGGAGAUCCUGAAUUACAGCUACUUCUGGCGCGUGCUUAUCAAGUUGUUGGAGAUUAUCCUCACGCUAUGAAGCACUUUUUGCAUGCCGAGAACCCACAGGAAUUAGCUGAUACACUGUUUCAGUGGUCUUCACAUGGAUAUCCAAAUGAAUUCGACUUAUAUCUUGCUCGUGCUGUAUUGCAACUGCUCAGUCUGGAGAAUCUACGUGACGCAAAUAAAGUUUACGAAGUGUACGUAGCUAAGUGUCAGAAUGCAAGUCGUCCAGUGGACCUACCGCUAUUUAAUUUCACGCGAUACUUGCUGCUGACGCUGGAGCGCGAUGCAUUGCCUCUAUUUCAGAUGCUUCAAGAUCGCUACGCUCCUGCACUUGCUCGCGAUGCCAGUUUGAAAAACUAUUUAGACAUCAUUGGCCAGAAGUUCUAUGGAUUGCAACCCUCGCGAUCAGGUCUUAGCGCUUUGCUUGAGAUGUUUUCUGGUGGCAUGCAAUGA